AGCACUAUCAAACACACCCCCGCCCAAUCCACCUUUCCAGAGAGCACGACGACAACAUCCCAAUAUCAGUCAUGGAGGCCGCACAAAAGGCCGUUGAUUCUGUUGCCGAUGGCGUGAAGAAGGUCGUUAUUGGCGAAAAGAAGCCAAAGGUGAAGAAGGAGAAGAAGGGAGGGGAUGGUGGGGCAGACGAAGGACCUUUGGAACUGCAGCCACAACCUGAAUUUAUUGCCCACCGCAUCGAGAUCUUUAACAAGUUGAAGGCAAAGCGCGAUGCAGAAAUUGCUGCCAAACCUCGAGAACCAAUUACCAUUACCCUCGCAGAUGGCAGCAUCAAACAAGGCACCUCGUGGGAAACCACCCCCGCAGACAUCGCCAAGGGCAUCUCGAACAGUUUAUUCAAACGUACGGUCGUCGCGAAAUUGAAUGGGGAUCCCGAACAGUUAUGGGACUUGGAGAGACCGCUGGAAGCAAGCUGCAAGCUGGAAUUGCUUUCGUUUGACGAUGAGCUGGGCAAGAAAGUGUUCUGGCAUUCGAGUGCACACAUCCUGGGCGAAGCCUCCGAGAGACGAUUUGGCUGCAGCUUGUGUAUUGGCCCGCCGAUCGAGUCUGGCUUUUAUUACGAGAUGGGCCUUCCAGGUGGUGCGGCGGUACAGCAGUCAGAUUGGAAACCUCUGGAGACACUCGUCAGCCAAAUUGUCAAGGAGAAGCAGCCUUUCGAACGACUUGUCCUUUCGAAGGAAGAUCUUCUUGAGAUGUUCAAGGACAACAAAUACAAACAACACAUCAUCAAAGACAAGAUCAAGGAUGGCGAGUUCACCACGGUCUACCGUAAUGGUCCCCUCAUCGAUUUGUGCCGUGGCCCUCACGUCCCAAAUACUGGCCGAAUCGAAACUUUCGCAAUCAUGAAAAACUCGGCUUCGUAUUUCUUGGGUAAUAAGGACAACGAUUCUCUCCAGCGUAUCUAUGGUGUUUCGUUCCCAGACAAGAAGCAAAUGGCUGAGCACAAGAAAUUUUUGGAGGAAGCUGCGAAGCGGGAUCACCGAAAAAUUGGAAGGGACCAGGAGCUGUUCUUCUUCCAUGAGCUUUCUCCCGGAUCAGCAAUGUGGUUGCCUCACGGCACUCGGAUUUACAACACCAUCAUAUCCUUCUUGAAGGAGCAGUACUGGAAGCGCGGUUACAAUGAGGUCAUCUCGCCAAACAUGUACAAUUCCGAGUUAUGGAAGAUCUCGGGUCACUGGGAUUACUACAAGGAUGAUAUGUUUACGUUUGGUGUUGAGAAAGAUACGUUUGCUUUGAAACCUAUGAACUGCCCUGGACACUGUCUGAUGUUUGCUCAUCGGGAACGAAGUCACCGAGAAUUACCAUGGCGAGUUGCGGAUUUCGGUGUUCUUCAUCGCAAUGAAGCUUCGGGUGCCUUGUCUGGAUUGACACGAGUGCGGAGAUUCCAGCAAGAUGAUGCCCAUAUAUUCUGUCGAGAGGACCAAAUCAAGGAUGAGAUUAUGGAUCUUUUCGAUUUCCUUCGUUCUGUGUACGGCCUACUAGGCUUCACUUUCAAGAUGAAGCUUUCUACUAGACCAGAGAAAUAUAUGGGAGCGCGGGAGGUCUGGGAUAUGGCAGAAGACAAGCUCCGCUCUGCGUUGGAUGACUUUUCUAAGCUUCCUGGAGGAACGCCCUGGGAACUGAACGAGGGUGAUGGUGCAUUCUAUGGACCUAAAAUCGACAUCACCAUCAGUGACGUCUUAAAACGAGAUUGGCAAUGUGCUACUAUUCAACUCGACUUCCAACUACCUCAGAACUUCGGUCUCGAAUAUAUGACAUCUGAGACUGCCGCCAAGACGAAGGAGGAAGCCGAUGAAGCGGCAAAGGCGAAGCCAGAAGAGCCAAAGAAGAAAGCAGAAGUUGCUCCUGCUGAUGGAGCACCAGCGAAGAAGGAGAGGGUCAUCAAACCAUUGACCCCCGGUUGCGCAAGACCUGUCAUGAUCCAUCGGGCCAUUGCAGGUAGUGUGGAGCGAUUCACUGGAAUCCUGAUUGAGCACUUCGCCGGCAAAUGGCCUUUCUGGCUAAGCCCUCGACAAAUUCUUGUGAUUCCCGUUGGCGUGGGAUAUUAUAAAUAUGCCGAGGAAGUCCAGCAAAUCUUCAGGGCCCAGCAGAUGUACGUGGAUGUCGAUCUUAGUGGAAAUACCUUGCAAAAGAAGAUCCGUACAGGGCAGUUGGCACAAUACAACUUCAUUUUCGUGGUUGGUGACCAGGAGAUGAAGGGACGUGAAGUUAAUGUUCGUAACCGAGAUGAUACGUCCACUCAAGAUCGGGGCAAGCCUGUACCCUUGCAAGAGGCUAUCGAGAAGCUCGUGGCCCUCCGGGACGAACGGAGAUCAGACAACCCGUUCCCUGGCGACGCGAAGGUGGUGAAGGAGAAGAACUGA